AUGGCUUCUAGUGAUUUCAACACCCAGGUCCUUGCCGACCAGCCCUCGAAAAAGGUACAGGCAUGCGACGAAGUGUUCAAAUCUAUCGUGAAGCAUCCUCACGAAAUUCCUUACACGCGAGCGCAGGAACUAGUCAAAGAUCUGUGGACUGAUUUCAGGAGCUGGAUCAGCAGACUCCUCGACGACGGGAAGAUUUUUGAUAAAAAUACGCCGUUAACCGGAUUGAUUGCCUUGGAUCGCAAGAUCUCAGUGGGAGAUGGCCCCGAGAAAGCCAUCUUUACCCACGACCUGGAAGUUCUCUGCCACUACCUUCAGAGAAUGGAAGCUAUUCUCCUCCGUGGAGCUGAUAAUCGGCUGAGGGGUGAUGAAGCCUCUCGAAAAGAUCCCUUGCUGAAAGGUUCCAAGACUAAGAUAAUGGAAAACGACAUGUUUGGUCCACGGUCGGACCUCGGCUGGUACAUGUUCUUUGGUAUUCCGAUGCGCCUCUUACUCAUCGAGUCCGAGUCUGUCAUGUUCUCCAAGGACGAUGAGAUGGCCGAUGAUUUCCUAUCCCAGAUCGUGGGCAAACAAUGCAUUGAGGGUCGAUUGAUAGACGCGAAAUGUCACUGGUUCAUUUAG